UAGUGUAGCUUGCAUUGGUGAUGCCUCGUUUGCAUAAGCUGCCUAUAAAUAAAACAGAUGUGUGAGAUGACCGCACAGAUUUUCUACAUUGUGUCGAAGAGAUCCUAAAGAAUGCCUGAUCCAGCAAAGUCUGCUCCGGCGCCUAAGAAAGGCUCUAAGAAAGCGGUGACCAAGACCCAGAAGAAGGAUGGGAAGAAGCGUAGGAAGAGCAGGAAGGAGAGUUACGCCAUUUACGUCUACAAGGUGCUGAAGCAGGUGCACCCUGACACCGGCAUCUCCUCCAAGGCUAUGGGCAUCAUGAACUCCUUUGUCAAUGACAUCUUUGAGCGCAUUGCUGGGGAAGCUUCUCGCCUGGCUCAUUACAACAAGCGCUCGACCAUCACCUCCCGGGAGAUCCAGACCGCCGUACGCUUGCUGCUGCCGGGAGAGCUGGCCAAGCACGCCGUGUCCGAGGGCACCAAGGCUGUUACCAAGUACACCAGCGCCAAGUAAUCACUCCCUUCUCUGACCCACAUCAACACAAAGGCUCUUCUAAGAGCCACCCACCUCCUCUCUAAUCGGGCUGAAACUAUGAUGGGUAUUAUAUGUGCUACUUGCAAAUCUGCCUUAUUGUAUCUCCGCUUCCAUGAACUGUAUAUUCACUUCCAAACUAAAGCGGGGUCAUAUAGUCAUCAUAUUACAGAUGUCAGCAUUAGUGCUUACAUAAAGCAAUCCAUAGAGCAGUGACUGCCCGUGUAGCUGCUGCAGAACUAGAGAAUUAUUGUAUCUUAUUCCAAUGUUACAAAGUAUCAGUAGAUUGUAGCAAUUGGUCCCGUUGUUCGUAUCACUUUGAAUCUCCUAUAAACACAGUUGCUAAAAGGUUGUUUGUCUUUCAAGAUGCCCUGUGUAGAAUGCUAUUGUUACUGUAUCACUGCACGUGUAACACCGGGAUCCAAUCUCCGGUAUCACUGCAGGUAUA